CUAACGCGCGCACCGCGCGUCCUCGCUAGUGCCGUCCGCGUCCAUCUCGCUCGCUCGCUCGUUCGCCGCUAUGCAUACUCGCUCGCCCUUCGGCCGCUCUAGCGCGCGCCGCCGCCCAUGCCGCCUCGCAUCGCCGCCAUGGCCACUGCCGCCUCUGCUCUCGUCGAGCCCCUUCCUCCACCCCACCCCGAACCAAACCAACCCCGCAGCCGGCUUCACCUCGCCCCCAGGAAGCUCACCGACCUUUUCCUCGCCGCUCACGACCGCCGGAACGCCGCCGCAGCGGCACAGUACCACUGCCGGACGCCGGCCGCCGUGGAACCGCCACCACGGACCACCUCCUCGCGCUCCAAGGCCACCUACAGAAUCGUAGCCGAGGACGUCGUCUCUGAGUUGGUCGUGAAGUCCAGAACCAACAAUACAGGACCAGGAAAAAGUUCGUGAAGACCCAGCCCAAGGUCGCAAGUAAUACUAACCUCGCUCAGCAAAAGGCAAGCCCCGGUGCACAUUCUAUUAUUUGAAAUUAUGACAUCUAUAUAUGUAUUUAUUACUUGUGCAUUACGUUUCAGGAGUUGAUUGGAACCCUAGUUGCAUGAUCCCUA